UUCGUUAGAGACGUACACUGCAAUAUAUUCUCUGCUUCGACCUACGAGAAAAUCAUAUUUGUACUGUAUCGAAUUUAGGAAGUCAUGAAGAAUUCCUGGAUCAUUGUGACCAUUUGCUGGGCGAUUUCCUGGAAGGCCGUUCAUUGCGAAGUCGCAGCUUUAACGUUUCCCAAAAAUUUUAAAAUCGGAGUUUCCAGUUCGUCUUAUCAAAUCGAAGGAGCUUGGAACGUCGACGGCAAGAGUCCGAGCACUUGGGAUUUUUUCACGCACAAUCAAUCGUCGCGUAUCGGUGACCGAAGUAACGGAGACCUUGCCUGCGAUUCGUACAACAAAUACAAAGAAGAUGUACGAUUGAUCAAGGAACUUGGGUUCGAUAGCUAUCGGUUCUCCAUCAGUUGGCCACGGAUAAUUCCGAAUCCCUUGACCAAUGUGACGAACGAAGCUGGCAUACGGUACUAUAAAAACUUGAUCAACGAAUUACUGGCCAACGGUAUAGAACCCGUAGUAACGAUGUAUCACUGGGAUCAUCCACAAAUUAUUGAAGAUAUGGGAGGAUGGACGAACGAGCUGAUGGUCGAUUGGUUUGUGGAUUACGCGAGAGUUAUUCUUCGAGAGCUUGGACCAAGCGUUAAACUAUUUUCAACAAUUAACGAGCCAGCUGUUUUCUGUGCAAUGGGCUACAGCAAUGUACCAUUAGCACCAGGCAAGAAUCUGAGUGCCAGAGAAAAAUACCUGUGCGGCCAUAACAUUCUUAAAGCUCAUGCCAGAGUCUAUCACAUGUACGACGAAGAGUUCCGUCCAACUCAGCAGGGCCAAAUCGGCUUGGUUGUUAAGACAGAGCCUUUUCUACCCGUUAACACCAGCGACAAAGUCGCUGCAGAGAGGGAAUUUCAAUUGUCAAGUGACUGGAUAAUGCAUCCAAUUUUUCUUGGUGACUAUUCCGAGGUGGUAAAAACGCAAAUUGCUGAGAUCAGCAAAGCCGAGGGCCGUGCAGCAUCAAGCUUGCUAGAAUUUUCUCCCGAGUGGAUAUCUUACAUCAACGGGACAUCCGAUUACUACGGCAUGAAUCAUUACACGAGCGUAUUUGUAUCCUCUACCGACAUGGAUCGCGAAUAUCGUCGCGAUCCAAGGAGUACUACGGAAUCAAUUGGAUGGUUUCGGGUUGUACCCGAAGGGUUUGGCCACGUACUUCGGCAAGUGAAAAACCUCUAUGGCAACCCGAAGGUGUUCGUCCAUGAAAAUGGACACCCUGACGAAAGUGGAUUGAAUGAUCACAAGAGAAUGGAUUACCAUCGCGCUUACCUGAAAGAAAUGCUCAUUGCCAUCAAACGUGACGGUUGUCGAGUUGAACGAUACAUGGCCUGGAGUCUGCUGGAUAGCUUUGAAUGGAACAACGGUUACACACUGAAUUUCGGUAUGUUCGCCGUAGACUCAAACAGUCCUCACAGGAAUCGAACUGCUAAACUCUCCUCGCAUUGGUGGAAACAAGUGCUUCAAACGCGCAGGCUUGAUGACGUCCCAGCAGUUAAUUCUACCAACCAAAGACAGCCUUGGUAACGACUCGAUUCCAAAAACAUUCACCGAAUACUCGGCAGGUCGAUCAACGACGGAAUAAAACCAGGUAUUCACCCUGCAAAAUUCCCAACGCUGCAUGUAUUUCAGUCAAUAUUAAACUAAUUGAACAUUUCCUUAAAUACUUGUUAACCGAUACUGCUGGCUGUACGCAAUGGAGUAUAAAUAAUGAAUCAUAAUUAAAUGGAAUUUUACGCUAAGGGCAAACCUCAUCUAUCGCUGCAACCGAAUUAGAAAUCUGCUGCACCUUACUCACGUGAAAAUUAAUUAAUCUUGACUUUGGUUGACCCAAUUGAAUUUAUAAUUAUUUUGUGCAUCCAAGGCUAGAAUAAAGUUCAAUUGAGACGAG